CGUCUUUCUCUCUGUGGUGCUGCUCAGUGCUGCUGCAUGUUGCAUACGCAGGCACCGCAGCUUAGUGCCUCUACCAGCAGAGGGGAUGAUUGGUCGGGGGAGAGGAGGGUGGCCGCCCAGAAGGUACCAUUCUCGCAGUGGUACAUCCGUCGUGCUGGCAGACUAAUCCACAUUUAGCACAUUUAUGACUGCGCCUGGUGAGUGGGGGGGGUUGUCGCCCACAAGUCCAUUCGUCGAAGCCGGCCACCCACCAUCUGAUGUUGCCAUCCACCCACAUGCCCCAGAACACCAUUAACAGACAGGGGCCCUUGUCACUUGGUCCCUCCCGGUCCUUGUCAAUCCAAGACCCAAGCGAACCCGCGCAUGGUGGACAUGGUGGGCUGGUGCGGAUUGGAGCGACCAGGAUUAGGUGCCAGUCGAGGAUUAGGUGCUCAGUCGAGAGAGGGUCGAGAGAGCCCACACAGUCUAUCGCCUGCCUGUCUGGCACCUCGCUGGCCGUUGAUCGCUUUAGAGUGGGUUAGGCCCAUCCGUACAUAUCCUCCAUGGGCUUCCCACCCUGACGCUCUCUUCUCUCCACAAUCGGCAAAUCGGUCGACCUGGACGCGUGAUUGCCUCGCUCUCUCUCUUUCUUGUUCAUUUACAUAUUGGUUCUUGUUUCUUUCAGGACUCGACACUUUUGGAACAUCUUGUUCCUUAUUACCCUCUUUCAGCCCCCUCAAAGCACAUACACCAACUCGUCCUCUCUCGUCUACCUCCUCUAUCCUCACCAACCUCGCCCUCAGCUGUGGACGAUAAGACGAGUUCAUGUACAACAGCAACAAAUAUCGAGACCUUUGAACCCGGCUGGUUGUUGAUCAUCAUCAUCACAACUGCCAGACAUUCAUUACCAAAAGAACCAUCACCAUCUUUAGGCCACAGCCCAACAGCAAGCAAUACUCACUCCAUCCAACAGCAACCUGUACAAUAAGCCCGAUAUAUACUUAAUACCUAAACCACAGCAACCGAACAACGGAGAAGAACAACAACAAGUCCAGGUGUCUUGACUGCAACCGCAACAACAGCAACAGUAACUGCCAUAAUUCGCCCAACAUGUCUACAGCACCAUCCUACUUCUUCUACCGGCCUGGUCCCAGUGUCGAGAGCAGACCAAACCACUUUGUCCAGCAGCCUUUCCACCCAGCUUUCCAACAACAGCAGAUGAUGAUGAACCUUCCCGUGGUGGCUCCUCUUCCCUCGACGCCUGUCUACUCGCGGCCAACAUCAUCCUGCUCGUCGCAGCAAGGGCCGCUGCUCUCGCACACAUUCAACGGCACCACCAUCUCACCUGCCGUGCUCACACCGGCGUCUUCCCCACAGCCCAUCAACUACAAGUCACUGCUUGCGCUCGACACGGGACUCAACGAGUUUGAUGGACUCCGGUCCCCGUCGACUCCUGCGCUCUCGUGCUCCGGCAGCACUGUCAGCAGCCCCGGCAGCACCUAUGAGAUGCUCGCCACACCGCUCAACCCCAUGCUCUCUGGCCUUGACGGUUUUGAGACCAAGGGCAAGAGGGAAGAGGAGGGACUCGAAUGCUUCCCUGACCUGGAGCCAUGGUCCUCCACCUGCUCCUCACCUCAGCUUGUGCCUGUGUACCUUUCAUCCCGCGCACAGGCUCCCCAGACUGCCACUGCCACGCUCAACAGACAAGCCAGCAACGACCUCCUUUCUCCUGCAUCGUGCCCGUCACUUUCUCCAUCACCCUCCCCUUACGCGCGCUCAGUGUCUUCCGACGACAGCUUCUGCGAUCCGCGCAAUCUGACUGUCGGCUCUGUCAAUUCCACUCUUGCUCCAGAAUUUGCGGCUCUCCCCGCUUUUUGCCUGGGUGAGGAAGAGGAUCAAAAAUUCGUGCUCAGGGGCGAUUCGUUUGCCAGCUCCCACAAGGCGUCCACCAUCUUCACCAGCCAGGACCUGCACCGCACCCUUCCCUCCAGCUUCACUACUGGUGACCUUUCAGACUUUGACUCUGACGACGAGUUCCAAGGCCUUGCCAUCUUGAGCGAGCCCCUCGUGUCCCAGGCCAGCAGCCGGUCGCGUUCCUGCAGCGAGACCAGCUUCAAGUGCGAGGAAGACUUUGAGGACAGCGACUCCUUUGCUGCCAGCUACCUGCCCCGCCCACCAAGCUCGUGCGAAGACGCCGACGAGCAUCAACCCAAGAGGCAAAAGAAGUCUGCCGACAGCUGCUGCAGCAAGCCCGCCAUGAACGUCGCUGCUGAGGCCGAGGCCCAAUCAGGGGCUGCUCAGGACCAGUCCCAGACCCCGGCCAACCAGGACAACACCACCAGCGAGGCCCAAAACAACAACUCGGGUGCCAACUCCGAUACCGCUGACACCCCCUCCGGCACCCCCGCUGCUCCCACCAACCGCCGUGGUCGCAAGCAGUCCUUGACCGAGGAUCCCUCCAAGACCUUCGUCUGCGAGCAGUGCAACCGCCGGUUCCGCCGCCAGGAACACCUCAAGCGUCACUACCGUUCUCUCCACACCGAGGACAAGCCCUUCGAGUGCCACGAGUGCGGCAAGAAGUUCUCUCGCUCUGACAACCUUUCCCAGCAUGCCCGCACCCACGGAGCCGGCGCCAUCUCUCUCGACCUUCUCGAUGGCUCCGACAUGGCUGCCGCCGCCGCCGCCGGUCACCUAGGUCAAGGGUAUCCACACCCUCACGGCAUUUCUCUUGCUCCCGACUACCACACGCUCGGCCAUGUGUUGUUCCAAAUUAGUGCUGAGAUCCCAGGCAGCGAGUCGUCGUCGGAUGAGAGCACCGAGUCCAGCAGGAAGAAGCGCAAGAGGUCAGAGUAA